AUGACCAAAUGCUUUUGUUUUAAAUUCUCAUUGGCUCUUUCAAUUACAGGGUUAGUUGAUACGGUGGUCACUGCUCGUAGUGAUCCAUCAGUUGUCUGGGGCAAAUACCAAGAACUUAUACGAUUGAGAUCUACGGAUGCAGAGGAAAAUUGCCAGUUGUUGCGCGCACGGAUAGAGGAGCUGCGGCAAUCUCAUCGGCGGGAGAUCAAGAACUUGACAGAAGAGAUCGAGCAAGCAAAGAAGGGUCAAGCUAGGAGUGAUAGUGUAGCGAAAUCAGAGGCUAACCUUGACGCCACAUCGAAGACAGAGAUAAAGAAGCUGAGGCUUCAGCUCGCGGAAGCACAAAAAAGCUCUCUCGCUCUGAAACUUGAGCUGAAUGUUGCCCAGAAAGAACAGAAACAAGUCGCCGUUACUACCAAAUCUGACCAUAAAGACACCGUAAAAUUGCACAAAGCAAUUAAACGGAAGAAUGAAGAACUGGACGACAUAAGCCAGCAGAUACAACUCAUUGCAACCGAGAGAGACGAAUUACACAGCGAGCUUCUCGCGAUGAAAGCCACCAAUAAGAGCCUUUCUGCGAAAUUGAAGAAAGCAUCCGGAUCCCAAUCGCAAGAUUUGAUAUCUGCUUUGGAAAAGAAUGCUGAUGUCAUGGAAACGCUAAGAAACCACGAAGACCUGAUUCAGACGUAUGCAGACCUCACUGGAAUCGCAAUAAGUCAAAUUCCGGGGUCGCAAAGGAAGCUAGACUGCUCUCUUAUACAGAAGGAUGGCCAAGAGCUGGCGUUCACGCUGACUUGGAGCGAGGAUGACAGUGAAAUCGAGUACACGCCCUAUGACUCGAACAGCUAUGGAGCUAACAUACAGGAUUAUCUGCAAGAGAUCUUCGUGUUCAAGAUCGAGAUGCUCCGUAAAUUCUUUCUCACACUAUCUAAAUGCUGCUAGCAUAUCAAUUAUGCGUAGGCACAUUCUGCACCUGCCUGGCGACUUGAAAGGCCUUGAAGAUUAAAGAAAUAUGGUUGUACCAUCUCAGCUUAUGACUAUACUGUAG